UAUUUAUUUUCCAUCACUUAGCCAGUCCGUGACGUCUGUAGCAUAACGCAUAACGCGUAACGUAUAUGUGUAACGUUACCAUAACGUUAAUUAAAUGGUGUGUCUUGUGUCAACAUUUUUCAAUUUGCAACUAACAUAAGUUUUACAUGACUUCUAAAUUAAAAUCCAAGCGCAAGAACUUUUAUACUUUCGGCGAAAUGGACUUUGACACAGAAGGUUUCAUCGUGGAGGUGCAGAAUCGGCCGGCAAUUUGGAACACGAAAUGCGUGGAGUACAACGAUAGGGAGUUGAGGUUGCAGGCGUGGAAUGAGCUGGUGGACAUAUAUGGAGGGGACCACGAAAUGUCGAGAGCGGAGAGGAAACAACUAGGUGUGCAUCUUCGGAAAAAAUGGAGAAAUGUACGCGACUGCUUCGUCAAAGUGCACAAAGCAAAAACUAAGGGCUGCGAUGAUAAAAAAAAAAUUCACUACGCGCACUAUGACAACCUGCUAUUCUUAGCAGAAACGGUAUCUGGCAAUACCGCUUUUAACGUUGCCGACUUUAAAAACGAAACACAUAACGAUGAAGACGACCCUCUUUCAGUUGUUCGGUUAAAAAAAAGAAGAAAUAUUGACCCUUUAGAGUCUGGGGAUUCUGUCUUAAAUAAAAAAGAAAAAACCCAAGAGCGGGAAAGAAAUAUGGCGGAAGAAGAAGAAGACAGAUUGUUUUUCUUGUCGUUGGUCAAAGAGUUUAAUAAAAUACCGGAGUAUUCGCGAAUACAAGCGAAAAUAGAUCUUUUGCAAGUGAUAAAAGACGCGCAGUAUUCAGAUUAAGUAGUUAGUAGAGUAUAAACAAAUACAAAUCUAACACAAUCUGACAUG